CCUACUUUAGAAAAGACACAUCAUCUCCCUCGUUUUCCUUCACAGACAAAACCUGGCUACAAUAAAGCAGAACAUACUCCAGUUACUUCUUUGGACAACAACCCUACAGAUACAUCUAAUUCAGAGAUUGCUCCUGCCUGGACUGAUGAUGAUUCUGGACCUCAAGAAAGAAGAUUUCCCUAAUCCUUCUGUUCGCCUGAAGCAGAGAAACUGGAAAUGGCUCUCAAUUACCUCGGUAUUCAGCCAACAAAGGAACAACAUGAAGCCCUGAGACAGCAAGUCCAGGCUGACUCAAAGGGGACAGUGUCUUUUGGAGAUUUUGUCCAGGUUGCCAGAAAUUUGUUUUGUUUGCAGUUGGAUGAAGUAAAUGUUGGUGUCCAUGAAAUCUCCAGCAUCUUGGACUCACAGCUUCUUCCCUGUGAUUCUCUAGAAGCCGAUGAGCUGGGAAAACUUAAACAAGAAAGGGAUGCUGCUCGGGAAGAAGUGAACGCGCUGAAGGAGAAAUUACUUGAAUCAGAGAAACAUAGGAAGGAGCUAACAGAAGAACUCCAGAGUGUGAAACAGGAAGCCAAAGCUGUAGCUGAAGAAACACGAGCUCUUCGAAGCCGGAUCCAUCUUGCUGAAGCUGCACAGAGGCAGGCGCAUGGGAUGGAAAUGGACUAUGAAGAAGUGAUCCAUCUGCUAGAAGCUGAGAUCUCAGAGCUAAAGGCUCAGCUUGCUGAUUAUUCUGACCAAAAUAAAGAAAGUGUCCAGGACUUGAGAAAGAGAGUCACAGUUCUUGACUGCCAAUUGCGAAAAUCUGAAAUGGCUCGGAAAACUUUCAAGGCGUCUACUGAAAGGCUCCUUCAUUUUGUAGAGGCUGCUCAGGAAGACUUGGAUAGUUCUGCUCCUUUAUCCAGUUUAAGCGAAAGAAGAGCUGGGUUUGCAUCACAGACAUCGCUCCCACAGCUGGGAAGGACGACGCAGCUUCCAGCAACGCUGCUUCUGGAAUCCAAGGAGCUGGUUAGAUCUGUUCGCAUCCUUGAUAUGGACUGCUUACCUUACGGGUGGGAGGCAGCUUACACAGCAGAUGGAAUCAAGUACUUCAUCAAUCAUGUGACACAGACCACAUCCUGGAUCCAUCCCAUGAUGAGUGUCCUGAACCUGUCCUGCUCAGAGGAGAAUGAAGAGAACUGUCCCAGAGAGCUAACAGACCAGAAAAGCUGAUGGCCUUCCAUGGGAAACGGCACUUCCGAGUCUUCCGGCCUUUCAGUCCGUG